AUGUUUGAUCCAUCACCGGUUAUGCAAGCGGAAGUAUUACCAUGGACGCCUGGGGAGCAGCCAAUUAAAGGGAUGGUAUUCGCAACUAAAUUGGCGGUGCGACAUGCGUUGACUUGGUACGCAGUGCGAGAUAAUUUUAGCUUCAAAACUGAGCAUUCAGACUCAGAGAGGCUUAUGGUAUGGGAUGCCAAACAAAAGGCCGUUGCAUCUAUAUACGGGGAUUUUAAGGAGUCUUAUGCGGAGUUGCCGCGUUUCUUGGCAGGACUGAAGGACGCAAGUCCGGGUACAGAGUAUAAGUUAAUAGUGGACGAUAAUUAUGAACAGGGAACCUGUACAUUCAAGUCCGUAUUUUGGGCAUUUUGUCCAUGUAUUGUUGGGUUCAAGAAGUGUAGGCCUGUGAUUAGCAUUGAUGCAACCCACCUCUAUGGAAAAUAUAAAGGGAAAUUGAUGAUUGCAAUGGCGACAGAUGCUAAUAAUAAAAUUUAUCCAGUAGCCUUCGCCGUUGUCGAGAGCGAGAGCACAGAGACUUGGGGUUGGUUCUUGGCUUGUAUAAGAACGGCAGCAAGUGCUACCCAGGAGCGAAAGUUCAAUACCACCUUCGAGUUAAUUGAGAAUGUCAACCGGGAUGCGCACCAAUAUCUAAAGGAUGUGCCCAAAGAGAAAUGGGCUCUAAGUUUUGACAAGGGUUAUCGUUAUGGGGCAAUGACGACAAACGUCUCUGAGUGCUUCAAUGGUUUUCUAAAGGGUGCUCGUAGCUUGCCCAUUACGGCAAUGGUGAAAUACACAUGGUUCAAAUUGAAUUCUUACUUCGAUGAUCGUCGCAAUAAGAGCAUAGCACAGUCAAAUUCGGGACAAAAAUGGACUAAAUAUGCCUUGCAUAUCUUCAUGAGAAAUAAGGCGAAGGUGGAGCGUCAUAGGGUGACAAGAUUGAGCGCGCAACAACAAUCAUAUCAAGUAGAUACACCGCAUAAUCCAGAGAGUGCUGGACAUGGGGAUCACACACAUGGAGUUAAUUUGUUGCAAAGAAGUUGCACAUGUCAAAAAUGGAAGUUGUACAAGAUACCAUGUUCACAUGUCAUUGCAGUUUGUAUUAGGUAUCGACAUGAUGCAGAGCAAUACAUUGACCCAUGCUAUAGCGUGGAUGCACUGUUUCGGAGCUAUGCUCCCAUUUUCCCUGCGUUGAAAGAUAGAUUAUCAUGGCCGGAUCCUGAAGAAACUCGAAGGGUCCUCCCUAACCCCCGAUUGAUUCGAGAGAAAGGCCGCCCUGUCUCAACACAAAUCAGGAAUGAGAUGGACGAGAGUGGGAGACGGCCGAGAACCACACCGUGGAAGGAGGGGGGGAGGAAGGUGCAAUGCGGGUUGUGUGACCAAAAGGGGCAUAACCGAAGAACAUGCCCUAAGCGGAAUGAGGUACCGACAAGUGGUGGUGUCGCAGACUAG